CAACCGUAUUCAAUAGUCGUGACAAUCUCACAAAAUUGUCUUGUCAUCCAUUCGUUGAACGAGAGUUGAGUGGUAUUUUAUAGUGGUACAUUCACAUAUCAACAUUUUAAUUGGAGAAUCAUCAUCUCCGUUUUUCAACGAAUUUAAUGAUUAGAGUGAUUCGGGUGCUGAAAAAUCAAUUUGCUUACAAUAAAUGCACAACAUUUUCAUUAUCAACAUUUAAACAUAGCCAACAAUUGUCAAAUCAGAAAAAAUCAACCAUUUUUAAAACAAUCAUGGUCGGGGGCAAUCCUGUCGAUAAAACACACUUUGUUUUACCCAAUAAUCAGCCGGUCGGUGAUUUAGAGUGUUCAACUGCCUUUAAGAAUUUAACAGACAAAGAGAAGCUGUACGCCCACUACUUUAGUCAGGCAUCAUGGAACGGUGGCCUGGUGGCACUAAUCCAAUCCAGUCCGGAAGCUCCGUUAAUUUUUUCCUUGUUGAAUCGCAUUUUCUCAACCGAACCAAUUGAAGAGCUAAAAACUGCUGCACUGGCCGCUGGAGUCAGUGAAGAUGACUUUACGGCAUUUUUGGUUUAUGCUUGCGGAUUCUUUGCAAAUGCUGGCAAUUACAAAGGUAUGGGCGACACAAAGUUCGUUCCAAAUCUUGAGGCCGACCAAUUUGAGGUGAUAGUAAAAUCAAGCCGAGCCUAUAAAACGAAAACGGAUGCUAUAAGCAACUUGUGGACCAAGCUAAAAAGCCCCAUUUUCCAUUUGACUGAUCGCACAAAAAGUUUGGGUCUAAGUGAUAAUGGUAUCACGACCUAUUUCUCCGACAAUUGUACAAAAGAAGACUCGGAUCGUGUUAAUGAAUGGCUGAAACUGAAAAAACUCGACGCUUACAUUUGUCGAACCUUCAAGACUGAGGCCAACGGUCAUAAGACCUACGAAAUUAAAUUGGCGUCCGUUGAACAAGGUGAAUGUGAAGGCAUUACUGUAGCACCUGAAGAGUACAAGGGUGAUACGUUUGUCGUGACACGUGGUGAUUAUUCUCGCCUGUUGGCAUUAGUUAAUUCAAAUCUUUCUCUUGCUAAGAAAUAUGCUGCCAAUGACAAUCAAAUUCAAAUGAUUGAUCAAUAUAUAAAAAGUUUUGCUGAAGGUAGCUUGGAUGCGCACAAAGAAGGCUCACGAUACUGGAUUAAGGAUAAAGUGCCAGUUGUUGAGACGUAUAUUGGUUUCAUUGAGACCUACCGUGAUCCGGCUGGUAUGAGAGGCGAAUUCGAGGGCUUUGUUGCAAUGGUGAACAAAGAAAUGUCGGCCAAAUUUGCAACGCUUGUGAAAAAUGCCGAAAAUUUAAUUGCAUUGCUGCCUUGGGAUAAAGAUUUCGAAAAAGAUGAUUAUUUGAAGCCAGAUUUUACAUCACUUGAGGUACUAACAUUUGCUGGCAGCGGAAUUCCAGCCGGUAUCAAUAUUCCGAAUUACGACGAAAUUCGACAAAACGAAGGUUUCAAAAAUGUUUCGUUGGGCAAUGUCAUUGCCAAUUAUAAUAUUAAAGAUUCCAUUCCAUUUUUAUCGGAAGCAGAUCAAACUUUAAUGAAAAAGUACAAAGUUCGUGCAUUUGAGGUACAAGUCGGUCUUCAUGAAUUGCUCGGUCAUGGAAGCGGAAAAUUGUUGCGCAUUGAUGAAAAUGGCAAAUACAACUUUGAUGCGGAUACUGUAAAAAAUCCGUUGACCAAACAGCUCAUAAGCUCUUGGUAUGAGCCAGGUGAAUCAUACGACUCGAAAUUCGGUCCAAUGGGAUCAUCUUAUGAGGAAUGCAGAGCUGAAGCAGUUGGACUGUAUCUCAGUUUGAAUCGUGAUGUUUUGGGCAUUUUCGGUAUCACCGACGAACAAGAGAUUGAAGACAUUAUUUAUGUGAAUUGGUUGUCUUUGAUUUGGGCUGGUGUUGGCGUUUCAAUGGAAUUGUAUAAUCCAACCACCAAACAAUGGUUGCAAGCACAUUAUCAAGCACGCUAUGUAAUAAUGCAAGUUCUUUUGGAAGCUGGACAAGGUCUUAUCAAUAUCGAAGAAACCGAAGAAGGAAAGAAUUUGUUAUUGACUGUCGAUCGCACAAAAAUUGGAACAGUUGGUCGUGAUGCAAUCAAAAAUUUCUUAUUGAAAUUGCAAAUCUAUAAAUCGACCGGUGACAUUCAAAAUGCAUCCAAAAUGUAUAAUCAUUAUUCGUCUGUAUCCAAUGACUCCGAACCAUAUACAUGGGAAAAGUGGCGAGACAUUAUUUUGGCUCACAAAAAACCAAAAACCAUUUUGGUACAAGCCAAUACUGAUGUUCAAGGUGAAUUGGUAACAUUGAAAACAUAUGAGGCAUCGCUUCCGGGUUACAUUGAAUCAUGGGUCGAUCGUUUUCGUUCAAACAAUGAAGUGUGCAACGCCCUUGAAGCCAUUUGGGAAGAGGAUAAAAAAUAUUUCCCAUCUCUGAUUGAAAACGGAAACUAAACUGUCCAAAAUAAAACAAUUAUUUUUCAUGCGUUUAUUAAUUUUAAAUAAAAACACAUUUCACGAUUUCUA